AUGAGCAUGAUACUAGCGCCCUACAAUGAUGCCAUGCGCAUCGGGCAAGGCUUCAAUUCUUACACGCAUGAACUUUGCAUCGAUGGAGCUGUUCUGGUCAAGUCGUCCGACCAAGGUGAACAGAACCAAACAAAGACGAUCGAGAGUCCCGCUCAGAUUGUGUCUUACUCAGCCAGAGUUGUUGAGAAACUCAGUGAUGUAGUGGAGGGCAUGAACGUCUCAUACUGCUCUUCCAUCAAGAAGGGCACCGUCGCUGUCAGUGGUUCAAGCUCAACUAUCGAUGAGACUACCUUCAAGAUGGCCGACCUCAACAUUGUCGUCACCGUCAAAGUCACAAACCAGACGACUGUCAUCAAGGAGAAUGCCGAAUUCCAACACAUCGAUGGUAUCGAGCCUGGUUCCACACUCUUCAACGAGUCGUACGGUGACUCGUACAUCUCGGGCUUCAUCAAGGGUGGAGAGUUUACUGGCAUCAUUUCUCUGAAGGUACUUGACAGGAGCCGGGUUGAGUCGACGGUCAAGGCCAUCAAGUCCGGCCUUGAUGCCAAGGAUAAGGCAGCCGAAGGGCUUACUCUUAACACUUACGGCUCCGACUCUUCAACCGAGCUUUCUACGGCUUUGAAGAACACGGAAAGCCAUGUCAGUGUCGCAUGGAUGGGCGGUGGUCAAGUCAAGGACGAGACAACACUCUGGGAUGUCAGCUCUGUCUUUGCAGCCGCCGCCGCAUUCCCCAAGAGAGUUUCGGAGUGCCCACAGCGCACUUGGGCCAUCUUGACAAAGUACAAGUCUAACCGGUCCUUUGUCGAGUGGUCACACAACAAGAUGUUCAAGGCCUUGGAGUAUGACCAGGUCAGCAGCUACACUGCCGAGCUGUUUGACAGCUACAUGGACUACAAGAUGCUUCUCAAGGAUCUUCAAAACAUAAUUGACUACCGAGACGGCUUUGAACCUCGCAUGGGUGUCAAGGACGCUCUCGAUACAUCGAUGGAGACCCUGCUUAGCGUUCGGUCCGCUUUGCGAGAGGAGCAAUCCAAGAUCAUCACGGCUAUCAACGUCCUCAGCCGAGAUCCCAGUGUCCUCAGACGUCAGAGUAGUUGGGCAGCGUUGCAUCGCUCUGAUAAGGUCACUGCCAUCAUCCAGCGAGCUCUGGGCAAGCUGGCAGGCUCGGAGGCUACCGAGGUAGCCGUCCAUGUGGCAUCAGCUUCCGAUUCUGACGGAGUCGUCGAGUUGGAUGACGAAGAGCCUGUUUCCAAGAAGGACUUCAACUUUGCCACCCUACUUCCCGCAGAGGUCUGGAAGGACGUCAUGCCUGUGGCCAAGCCCAACUACGCCCCAAUCACCACGGCACCCUCUGUCGGGAUGCAGGCCCAACUUGGGCUGAGCGGGUUUAUUCCAGCAGCGCCAUCCGACGACGAGAACUGGGUUUCCAGCAAGAUUCAAGUCACGCAGAGCUACGAGGAAAUGCGGAAGGAACUUGAAAAACAGCGAGCUGAGGUCGACAAGCUGCGAGCAGAGUGUGAUGCUAAGAUUGCCGAGGCCAUGAGCAAGGCUCAGCAAGCCGAGGCUAGCCGUGAUAGCUUAAAUCAGACGCUGACAAGCCAACUAAAGACGAAGGAGAGACAGGCAGCUGAGGCUGAGAACAGGAGAGUUGUGAUUGAGCAGGAGCUCAACAAUGUCAGGGGACAACUUCAAACCCGUACAGCUGAACGAGACGACAACGCGCGGGACAGAGACAACGUCAAGAUGAGGCUGGAGUCCACAACAAACGAGCUGAACGUCGCAAGGAGUCAGCUCAUCCCCGGGGAGCGCGACCAACUGCACAUCUUCCACGUUCAAUGGGGCCAGUCCUUGCCUGCCCAGCUGGGAGGCGUUGUCGACAAGUGCUACAGUUACCACUCGCAGAACAGGCCCAUCCCCAUCACUGUCGAGUUCUUUAACAAUCAGGAUAGUCUGCGAGGCACGCAAAAGUUGGCCAUUUUCGUGUACAGGAAGAACAAGUCGGGUCCGAUCAAGGUCAAGGGGGCCAUGGAGUUCAGCACACUUGUUUUUGACUAA